AUGGCCUUCUUCUUGCUGGAGAUCGGACUUCGAAUCCUCGCCUUGGGAUGUCACGAUUUCUGGUGGGGCGAGCUCGCCACUUGGAACCGCUUCGACUGCGUGGUGGUCUCCCUCGGCUCAGUGGAUCUGGCAGUCAGCUUCUGGGCGGAGAUCACCGCCGCCUCUCUCUAUGCCCGGUCGGUGCGGAUGACUCACAUCCUUCGCGUGGCCCAUGCACUGCGUUCGGUCAGAGUCGUGCGCUUCUUUCGGUACCGUACGCCGUUGAAGGCCUUGGUGCUUUCUAUCUUCAGCACGGUGAUGCCCCUCAUUUGGACACUUGUGCUCCUGCUGAUCCUGCUCUACAGCUUUAGUAUUGUGCUGACACAACUGGUGGUAGAUGACUGCAGAUACAGGACUGUUGAGGCGACAGGGGAUCCGAAUGCGAUCCCUAUUUGUGCGGAGCACUUGCAACGCCAUUGGUCUACUGUCCCAGAGAGCAUGAACAGCCUUUUCAUGGGCAUCACAGGCGGCAUUGAGUGGGACGAGCUGAUGAGACCUUUGCGGGAUGUCAGUGUCGCUGCUGUCUGCUCGCUUUAUGUCUUCAUCCUGAUCGCAGUGUUCGCCGUUUUGAACGUAUUAACUGCUCACUUCUGUAACACUGCAAUCGAGACUGCCAGCGCAGAUCAAGAUGUGGCUGUCGUCAGGCAUUUGCACGAGCGGCAUCAGAUUGUGGCGAAGUUCCGGAAGCUCUUUGCGGAGAUUGGCGGAUCGGAGCGCGUCACGCUACCUGAGCUUCAGACUGCAGCAGCGGGGGGCUCAGAGAUCAAAGUCGCCCUGGAGUCCUUGGGCAUUUCCACUGACAACGUGUCGCUGCUCUUCCGGCUGAUCGAUAGAGAUCACAACGACACCCUGGAGCCCUAA